GCGAAUGACAGUUAUGUGGUCGUGGGGUCGUGGGAUAUGUGAGGUUAUGCAUCAAGACUAUGUUUUUCUAUGAUUCGUAAAUAAAUUUGAUCUCAUUGUUAAAAUGGGAGAUAUCGGACGUGAAAACACGAUAUAUAGUAAAAAGACAGGUUCUAAGCAAAUGAGUGAACCUGUCAAGGCCGUUGAGGAAAAAUGGAAGUUAGUUCCAGCAUUUCUCAAGGUAAAAGGCCUUGUAAAGCAACACAUUGAUUCUUUCAAUUAUUUCAUAAACAUUGAAAUAAAGAAGAUUGUACAAGCUAAUGACAAAGUUCUAAGUGAUGCUGACCCUUUAUUUUAUUUAAAAUAUUUAAAUGUAUAUGUUGGAACACCUGAUGUAGAGGAAGGAUUUAAUAUUACCAAGGGAACAACUCCUCAUGAGUGUCGUUUACGUGAUAUGAAUUAUGCUGCUCCAAUUACAGUUGAUGUAGAGUAUACGAGAGGGAGUCAGAGAGUGAUUAGGAAUAAUUUACUAAUAGGAAGGAUGCCCAUUAUGUUGAGGUCAUCUAAUUGUGUGUUAACAAAUAAAUCUCAAUUUGAAUUAGCCGAAAUGAAUGAAUGCCCACAUGAUCCGGGUGGCUAUUUUGUUGUUAAAGGACAAGAAAAAGUAAUUCUCAUACAAGAACAACUAUCUCGAAAUCGAAUGAUUGUAGAAGAAUUUAAGGGUUAUAUUCAAUGUCAAGUAACAAGUUCUACACAUGAGAAAAAGUCUCGCACAAACAUGAUAGCAAAACGUGGAAAAUACUAUUUGAGACAUAACGCAUUAACGGAUGAUAUACCAGUGGCUAUCAUGUUCAAAGCAAUGGGUGUAACGAGUGACCAGGAAAUUGUGCAACUUGUUGGAGCUGAUGACGAAUCUGUGAGAAGAUUUACUCCUUCCCUAAUAGAAAGUUCUAAUCAUUCAGUUUACACACAACAAAGAGCCUUAGAAUAUAUUGGUUCCAAAUUGAAAGUGAAACGAUUUACUAUUGCGAACAGUAAAAACAAAACACCAGCUGAUGAGGCACGUGAAUUAUUAGCAACAACUGUUCUAGCUCAUGUUCCUGUUGAGGAUUUUAAUUUCAAAACUAAGUCAAUAUAUGCAGCUUUAAUGAUUCGCCGUAUUAUUGAAGCGCAAGUUAAUAAAGCAGCAGUUGAUGAUCGUGAUUAUUAUGGAAACAAGAGAUUGGAGUUAGCGGGUUCUCUAUUAUCACUAAUGUUUGAAGAUCUAUUCAAGAGAUUUAAUUGGGAAUUAAAAAUGAUUGCUGAUAAAAACAUACCAAAAAUUAAAGCAGCUCAGUUCGAUGUUGUUAAGCACAUGAGACAGGACUUGAUAACUUCAGGUUUAGAAUAUGCUAUUUCUAGUGGUAAUUGGACAAUAAAACGCUUCAAAAUGGAACGUCAUGGUGUGACACAAGUAUUAAGUAGAUUAAGCUAUAUUUCAGCUCUUGGUAUGAUGACUCGUGUUAAUUCACAAUUUGAAAAAACUAGAAAAGUAUCUGGUCCCCGAUCACUUCAACCCUCUCAAUGGGGUAUGCUUUGUCCCUCUGAUACCCCUGAAGGCGAGGCAUGCGGUUUAGUGAAAAAUUUGGCAUUGAUGACUCACAUAACCACUGAGGUUGAAGAAGCACCAGUAGCACGUUUAGCAUAUAACUCCGGAGUUGAGGAUAUACGUUUGCUAAGUGGUAAAGAAAUUAACUGCACAAGCGUCUUCAUGGUUUUUUUAAAUGGUAAUAUCUUAGGUAUAGUUAGAGAUUAUAAGAAAUUGAUCAGAAUAUUUCGUUUAAUGAGAAGAAGAGGUUUAGUCAAUGGUUUUGUAUCAAUUUAUACAGCUUAUACCCAAAGAUGUGUUUAUAUUUGCAGUGAUGGUGGCAGACUUUGCAGGCCUUACAUAAUAGUUGAACGUGGUUGUCCAAAAGUUGAAAAGAAGCACAUUGAUGAAUUGAUCCAAGGGGUUCGUAGUUUUGAAGACUUUCUGCAUGAUGGGUUGAUUGAAUAUUUGGACGUAAAUGAAGAAAAUGAUAGCAAUAUUGCUUUUUGUGAAGCAGAAAUAGUGCCAAGUAUAACUACCCAUUUAGAAAUUGAGCCUUUCACAUUAUUAGGCGUUUGUGCUGGUUUAGUGCCAUACCCACAUCACAACCAGAGUCCCAGAAAUACAUAUCAAUGUGCUAUGGGCAAGCAAGCAAUGGGCGCAAUAGGAUAUAAUCAAAGGAAUAGGAUAGAUACAUUAAUGUACAAUAUUUUGUAUCCACAGUGUCCAAUGGUGAAAACACGUACUAUAGAAUUAACCAAUUUUGAUAAGUUACCAGCAGGUCAAAAUGCUACAGUAGCUGUUAUGAGUUACAGUGGUUAUGAUAUUGAAGAUGCUCUCAUUUUAAAUAAAGCCUCAAUAGAUAGAGGUUAUGGAAGAUGUUUAAUAUAUAAGAAUUCGAAAUGUUUGAUGAAGCGCUAUUCAAACCAAACUUUUGAUCGUAUUAUGGGACCAUUAAGGGAUGCUACUACAGGAAAAUCCAUUUUUAAACAUGAAGCUCUAGAUGCUGAUGGAAUAGCUUCUCCUGGAGAAAUGAUAUCAGAUAGACAGAUCCUGGUCAAUAAGCAAGUUCCACUUGUUACAAUGAACCCAGUGGUGGCAGGCGAAAAUAAGCCUGUUGAACACAAAGAGGUGCCAAUUAGUUAUAAAUGUUCAGUACCAAGUUACAUUGAAAAAGUAAUGGUCUCAGCCAAUGCAGAAGAAUCUUUUCUGAUUAAAAUUUUACUACGACAGACUCGUAGGCCUGAAAUUGGUGAUAAAUUUAGUUCUAGGCAUGGCCAGAAAGGUGUCACAGGUUUGAUAGUAGAACAAGAAGACAUGCCCUUUAAUGAUUAUGGUAUUUGUCCUGAUAUGAUCAUGAAUCCGCAUGGUUUUCCAUCUCGAAUGACUGUAGGGAAAUCAAUUGAACUAUUAGCAGGGAAGGCUGGAUUACUUGAGGGAAAGUUUCAUUAUGGCACUGCUUUUGGUGGCUCUAAAGUUUCAGAUGUUUCUGCAGAAUUGGUAAAGCAUAAUUUCAACUAUAUGGGAAAAGAUAUAUUCUAUUCUGGUGUGACGGGCGAAAUGUUGGAAUCUUAUAUUUAUUCUGGCCCGGUGUACUAUCAAAAAUUGAAGCACAUGGUACAAGAUAAAAUGCAUGCUCGAUCACGAGGACCCCGUGCAGUAUUAACACGACAACCCACAGAAGGUCGCUCUAGACAAGGAGGUCUGCGUCUUGGUGAGAUGGAGCGUGACUGCAUCAUAGCAUAUGGAGCAAGUAUGCUGCUGGUAGAGCGUCUCAUGAUUGCAUCAGAUGGGUUUAAUGUGGAUGUAUGCAAUAUAUGUGGCCGACUUGCUUAUACAGGAUGGUGUCAUGCUUGUUACAGUUCAGCUUCAGUCAGUACGAUUGCUGUGCCAUAUGCAUGUAAACUAUUGUUUCAGGAAAUGACCAGCAUGAAUAUGGUACCAAAAUUGAUUCUCAGAAGCUACUGUAAAUAAUUUGGUAUUUUGAUCUAGUUUUUUUUUUUUUUUCAAAUAAAUGUCCAAGCAAUAAAUGGCUAUAUUUUGCUUAGAAACUCAACUUUUGUA